AUGGCAGAAUUUACUGCCAGACAGGAUAGGAGAAGGAGAGAAUCAACAGGAGACCAUUCAAAUCCAGACAGCCGCUUCCUCCAUGGGAAGAGCCGACAGUUUGUCCAGUUUUUAACGCUUGGGAUCCUGUUCGUCGGUUGUGGAAUACUUAUUGCUAUCCCAGGAGUUGUGGUAUCAGAAUGCAAGCCGGUACCCAAAACAGCUACAGCUCCUGGAUUCUGUGAAAAUCGCUCAUUGCAAAUAUCUGGACUUGUGAUUGCAGCAGUUGGCUUGUUUUUCUGCCUGUUGGCGCAUAUGACCAGAAACCAUCUGGUCGACGAUGUCCCCGAGUCUGAGGAGGAACCCAGAGAUCAGCCUUUUAGCAUUAUGUUGGAGGGCGAAGUCUACAUGUUCCCGCCACCCCCACCACCCUACUUUCCAAGAGGGUGUAACAUGCCAACGAGCGAGGAUCCACCUCCUUACUACAGCAUGUAUAAUAAAACAUAUAAUGAUGAAUCCAGCAGACGCGCUCGGGAAGCCAUUCCACUGCCGAGCUCUUCUACCAACGAGGGUUUUCCUUCAGAGCCGCCUCCAAGCUACACUGAGCUCUAUCCUCCUCAGCCUGAGCCUGCUGACAAUUAA